AUGGAGGUCAUCGGCCUGAUUGCCGGCCUCCCAGGCUUGAUCGAGAUUAUUCAAAAGACGGCAGAAAUUGCAAGUCAGCUCAAGAAUUGGAAAUCUCUAGCUGGUGAAAUGAACACACUGUUACAACAAUUGGAAGGAUUGGAAAACACUCUCAAAGAUGUCCAGGUUCGGGGAACUUAUCCAUCGCUCAGCCCAUCUCAGGUCGCAAACUUUCAGGCAAACCUUGACAAGAUCCGCGUGGACUUGACAAAUCUCAAUAAACUACUCACCCAUUGUAACACAUCAGCGCAGAAAGGUGGCAUGCGAUUCAUGAGGCAAGUGAAGCUUUUAUUGACAGGAUUCGACAAGACCACCAAGAAGCACAUUGAGCGCAUCAGGGACACUAGGGCUGAGCUCACGCUGGCAAUAGUUGGCCAGGUCCAUCAAGGGUUGAGUCAGUCGACGUCAAAGACCGACCUUCUACUUCAACUCGAAAAAACUCUCUCUCCGUCUAGCAGAGACUUUAUUCCUCCAAAGCUCAACACAACAUGCGACUGGAUAUGGUCCGACAAGCACCUCAACACUUGGGUCGACAGUUUCCAGCAUGACCCAUCUGAUCAAUUUCAGAGGUUAUUCUGCUUGUACGGGCCAAAGGGUUGCGGUAAAUCCGUUCUAUCCGCCUCGAUUGCGGAUACACUUCGGGACAAGGGCAAAAUUUCAACCUUUUUCUCCUAUUGGGCUGGUAGUGAAAGCCAGCGCAAAUUCAACGGACUUCUCAAAACAAUUUUAUGGCAGCUGCUCAAAUACCUCUCGGCCGACAAUGUUUCGCAAGUCGCCUCCAUUUUGAUGGGAGCCUCGUCCUCUGACGAAAGACCGUUGAGAGCUGCCAUGGACUUUACGGUUAGGAUGAUCGAAUCAAAAGUAUACAUGAUCAUUGAUGGCAUAGACGAGGCCGAAAAAGACUGGAAUGACCCUGAAGACCAGAGUCUCUUGACGAUUCACGACCUGCUACAGACUCAUACCAACAUCCACAUCCUGUUAUGUGGUCGCGAAACAUCUCUUAGCAGAGCAAUCACCUCUUCGCCAUCGAGUCUAAAGAUUAGUCAAGAUUUUCUUCGAGAUGACAUAAACGCUCUUAUUGAAUGGCAUCUGGACAGCUCGUCCAAGUCACACGUCAAGCUUUCCAAAGAUCUGGUCCGAGAAUCUCUACACGCAAAGUCAGGAAUGAUGUUUUUGUGGGUAAAUUUGGUCUUCAAGGAAUUGAAUCGAUCCUUGAGCACCUCUUCCAUGAGAGUCAUCCUCAGCAAUACGCCACCGACCCUUGACGAGGAGUACAAUCGAAUGUUUGACAGUUUGAUGAAACGCUCUGCUGGGUCAUCAACGCGACCAUCAGUUACCAUGAAAACAGUCAAGCGUAUUUUCUCUCUGAUCCUCGCAGCGCCAGAACCGUUGACGCUUGCCGAGCUGAGCUACGCAUGUGCGGCGGAAAUGGCAAUUCCUAGUGCUCACGACUAUGAACUUUUGACAAGAGAAGGACUUGUUGAUUCGUGUGGCGAUUUCAUCAACGAGUCCAACGGUCAUUUUCACUUUGCUCAUGCGUCGAUUGAAGAGUUCCUCACCCGCCCUGUCGAUCAAUGGAGUCGGGCAGACAGCAAUGUCUUGUACUUUCAAAUUGAUCGUAUGGACAGCCAAAAAUCAAUGAUUGAGUCUUGCUUCAACUAUAUCAGCUCAAUGGAGAUGGGCUACCCUAUCCACGACAAAAGCAUGCACAGUUUACCCGAAAGCUAUCCGUUUUUUCAUUAUGCGUCGAGAUUCCUGCCAGUCCUCUUGGCGAAUGCAAUGUCAGUCAUCACAAAUUCGGCCCUGGAAGACUUUAUUGCAUCCAAACAAUUCUGCGGCUUGGUCGAGUAUGUCGUUCAUACCUUGGAGAUGGAUUCGUGGGAUCUUUUCCUCCAGUAUUUGGAUCUUUUGCACUCCUUGAGUGACUUUCGCAUACCCAUCUCGACUCUGAUGGCAGCUAUCAAGGUCGAACUCGGUCAAAGGGAAAAGGAGCUUGGCGAGCAUGACCCUCGGUAUCAGACUUGGGCUUCGAUUGUGGGCAUGCUAAGUGCAUACCUUGACUGCAGUAUCACUGAAUAUGCACAGCAAGACGCAUCCAUCACCCACGCAUCGGGUCUCGCCGCUGAGCCGAGCACACAGGUAACCGCCUUGACUGUACAUUUCACAGCGCAGAACCAUGGCGCAAUACUGGCACAGCUACGUCCAAACAUUUCUGCGCUUCUUCAAUUCAGGCUGCUUGAGUCAUUGAGGUCUGUUCCAGUAGCAAUUUUACCUACCUGGGUAAUCAUUCUCUGGGCCCUACAAACUUGGAACGGCCAAAACGAAAACAGCCCGAGGGCUAGGCCAAUGCUCGAGACAGCCCUCCGCCGAGUCAGGAAACGCAGAAACUUUACCGAGAGCGUGUGUCUCCUGUACCUUGCCAUCAUGGAGGACCACAAUACCCAGCUCCGACAUGAGGUGGACAAGUGCAGUCUCUUUAGCUGGUUCCGGGAGUCGCUCGAGAUUGCUCAAGAUCUCCCUUCGUCUCCCCAAGUUGAAGCCGUCAUCCAAAGAGCACUAUGCGGAGUAACGGAAGCCCUGCUACUUCACAAUGAUCGCGAAAACGCCAUGUUCUAUUCUCGUCAGCUGGAAGAAAGCGUUUGCAGCAAUGACAUGGUAAACGAUGAUGCCGGGUGGCUGAAGCGAAUGUUCUACCGCGGAUCCGCCUGGGCGAAAUGGAAAGUUCUGGUGUUAGGAAUUCAUACAACAACGUUGAGUGGACACAAUAUCAACAAGGACGCCGGACGAAUGAACCAGUUUGUACUCGACUUGCACACUGAACGAAACUGGCACCGGAGUCCUGCCAUUUUGGAAUGGCACUGGUCCAAGUCGCUGAUCUUAUGGCGUUCUGGGAAGAUUGAUGAAUGUAGGAUCAGUCUGCGACUAAUUCUGGAGCAUUUGAAUGGCCUUGAGGGGACUCGGCAUCAUGCCGAGUAUUGGCCAGACACUGCGGCUCUGCUUACACAGUGCCUUCUAAGGGAGGGCAAGGAAGCAGAGGCACUUGAAUGGCUUUUGAAGGCUCCUAUUGCGCACAUGUUGCAAAAGCCAGUACAGGUACAAUCAUUGGGAAUCACCCUUUUGAAACUGGGCUGCAUUGAUCGUGCCCUCGAAGCCUAUAAUUGCUGGGGACGCGAAAAGCUUUUGCAAGAUCUCAGACAAUUGGAAUGGACCUGGCUAUUGCUAGAUGUCGAGCGAUUGUUGGCCAGGGGUAUUGAUGCAAAAGAUGAGCUGAGAACAAGUGCUCUUUACGAUGCAGCCAGUGGAGCGCACUCUUUUCUGGUCGAGUCACUUCUCGCCCGAGGUGCUCGGGUGGACUUUCGACAUGAUUUAUCGUGGGAUACCCCUUUGACAAUUGCAACAAAAAGAGAACACCAUUCCACCGUGGAAGUCCUAUUGGAUCAAGGCGCCGAUCAUGACCACCAAAACGCAGAUGGGAAAACACCUUGGUACUACGCAUUAACGGGUGGAAAACCUUUCAUGGUUGGGGCUUUUCUCAAAGCCGGCGUUGAUGUUGACCGUCACCUGCCGACCGGAUGGACGCCAUUGACGCUGGCGGCGUACAACGGCCACGAUUCCGUCGUAAAGCUCCUUUUAGAUCAUGGUGCCGACAAGAGACGCCGAGAUCUAUGUGGUUUGACACCUUUGGCCUGGGCGGAACAAGUUGGACACUCUUCCGUCGUUCAGGUCUUGAAUCAUGGUGAUCAGGUAGACUCGAAGGGAAGCUCACCAUCCUUUUCAGGAUCACACAUGGAUUGGACUUUAUUCUAA